GUGCCGCCACACUAGCCAUGAUGGCAUGAUCCAUCCAUGAUCCCAAUAUAUAUAUAGACGUGUUCAUGCUUUGCCAUUGUGUCAUCGUGUUCGUUGCAAUUUGCAGCUGCGUCGUCUUCAAUUUUCUCUUUGAUCACCGUCGUGUGGUUGAGCGCAGUUUGGGUAUGAGGAAGGUGUGUCCCAACCUUGACCGGGAGGACGGCCUCGACACCGUGCUCGAGGUGCCGGUGCCGGAGCUCCACCGCGAGUCGCCGCGGCGGCGAGGGCGGCGCGUCGGUGGCGGCGGCGCGGUCAAGUCGUGGGUGCGGGCGAGGAUGGAGCAGCGCGGCGGGAAUGGGCGGAGGCGUGACGGCGGCGCGGCGCCGUCGCGCGCCGAGGUGCAGCUGAUGCUCGGCGUGGUCGGCGCGCCGCUGGUGCCGCAGCGCGUGGAGGCGAGGAAGGCCAUGGUGGCGGCCCGGCGGGACGUGGCCGGGGAGGAGCCCCUGAUCGAGGCGUCCAAGGCGAGGUACAUCGUCGAGCAGUACGUCGCGGCGGCCGGCGGCGAGGCCGCGCUGGGCGCAGCGACGAGCAUGUACGCCAUGGGGAAGGUGCGGAUGAGGACGAUCGCGAGCAAGGGUGGGAACAAGCGCAAGGGCGGCGGCGAGGUGGCUGGCGGCUUCGUGGUGUGGCAGAAGAGGCCGGAGCUGUGGUGCGUGGAGAUGGUCGUCGCCGGCGGCACCAAGAUGAGCGCCGGCAGCGAUGGCAACGUCGCGUGGCGCCAGACGCCAUGGCAGGAAGCCCACGCCUCCCGUGGCCCGCCACGGCCGCUCCGCCGAUGCGUCCAGGGUCUGGACCCGAAGUCGACGGCCGACCUGUUCUCGAGCGCGGCGUGGGUCUGCGAGCGGUGCAUCGACGGCGACGACUGCUUCGUGCUCCGCGUCGACGCCAGCCACGCCGCGCUGCGCGCCAGGAGCAGCGGCGACGUCGAGGUGGUCCGGCACGCCGUGCUGGGCUACUUCAGCCAGAGGACGGGGCUGCUGGUCCGUCUGGAGGACAGCCACCUGCUGCGCGUCCGCCUCCACGGCGCCGCCGCCGGCGAGAGCGCGUACUGGGAGACCACCAUGGAGUCGUCCGUCGGCGACUACCGCGCCGUCGACGGCAUCAACAUCGCGCACGCCGGACGCACCGUCGUGUCGCUGUCCCGGUUCGACAGCGCCGGCGACGCCGACGCCGACGCCGCCGCGCGCGGGAAGCGGUCGUGCACGACCAUGGAGGAGACGUGGAGCAUCGAGGAGGUGGACUUCAACGUCGUAGGCCUCUCCAUGGACUGCUUCCUGCCCCCGCGGGACCUAGUGCUUAACGAAUGCAAGAAGCAGCAGCACCACCACCAGAAAGUGGAGGACGCCGCCGGCGACAAGGACAUUGCCGGUGCUGCCGCGGCUGCAAAGGGCGGUAGUGACGAGGGCAAGGCCAACGGCGGCGACACCGGCCGCGGCACGGUGGCGAGGAAGGCGCUUGUGCCGGCGGUGACCGGGCUGGGUUGGUUCGGUCCAGCCAAGGUGGUCGCCGUCGACGACACGGUGGACGACGCCGCCCCCGCCGCCACCGACGACGACAAGUAAAUGUAGAUACUUGCUACUGGCUAGAUCAGGUGGCGCUCGCUUUCUGCGCCCCUCGAGAGUAAAUAUUGGUGUAGUUUCUGCUUAGGAACAUGCAGGCUUGAUCAUGUUAUAUGUUCAAGAUCAAGCCAAGCCAUGGCAUUCCAUGCUACAAGUUCGGGAGGACUGGAUAAUAAUGUUCUUGUCCGGUCGAGUUUGAGGACAUUAAUUUUCUUAGUGUCCAGUAUUUCAUUCAUGGUGUAAGUAUGUAGUACCUUUGAAAUCUCAAUCCAGAGGAAAAUUUGCAUGAUUAUUUUCUAGAUAACUUCA